AAUGCAUCGUUACUAUCGCGGUGCAGUUCAUUUUUCUUUAGAAAGGCUUUGAAUGUAAUGGCUUUUAAAAUGAUCAAUUAGGCACAACAAAAUACAUGUCCAAAAUAAAACGUUAUAAGCCUCCAUAGCUGGAAGUUACAAAAUAUGUGCUACACAAAAUCAGACAUGUUGUGUAACACUGGGAUGGAUAAGACUGGAAUGAUUGUUAUAUUUCCUACAGAAUGUGAAGGCACCAAAAGGUCUUCCUGUUUGAAAUUAUCAGGGCGAAAAACACGUCUCUAUUUGUAAAGAAAUGUCCUCCGAUGCUUUGAAAGACACGCCGGUGCAGCUGAGCCCGAGUAGUUUAAGAUUGGUCUGCACACAGCUGGCGCAGCGCUCACAAUGCAGCAGAAGCCCAAAUUGGAGCGACGCGACGAGAAACAUGACGUUAGACACCACCAACAUCACAGAGAUCACCGACUUCAUGGUUUCCAUUUACACCGAGGGUGCUUUGUCACAGGCUGCAAGUAUACUGAGGGUGAUUGGCUGCAACGCCGAGGCUGAACGUUUGGAAACAAAAGAUCUUGUAUUGAUGACGGGAGAUUUGGACCACUGCGCAAAGUCUUCUCCAGCACAUCCCAAAGAUUCUCUAUCGGCUUCAGCUCUGGACUCUGUGGUGGCCAAUCCAUGUGUGAAAAUGAUGUCUCAUACCAGACCAGCUGCAGCCACCCCAGAUCAUAGCACUGCCCCCACAGGCUUGUUUUUGGCCGGGCAGUGUAUCACUGGAAACGUACAUCAACCUCAACCUUUGUCUCGUUCCAUCCCUCAUGUCGUGCAGAAGCACGUUGUGGUUACACGAAGAGAACAGCGGAUCCAUCUUGUGAGCGAUGUGAAAUCAGUUUUGGAUGAGCUGUUUACCAAGGGGGUUAUUCAUCAGGAAAGUUAUGAUAAAAUCUGCGCCCUCCCGACCUCGGAGGAGAAGAUGAUGGCGCUCUUGGAUGGUUAUGUAAUAUCUGAUGAAGACAAAGACAUCUUUUUCAACAUUGUUGAGAAAUGCAUACCAUUAAUACAUAACCAGGGUCCAAGAUUUGAUGGGCUAUCAGCGAGUGCUGAUGUACAAAGUGCCGGUGGAUUUCGAAAGGUUGUCAAAAAAUGUAAAGUACCUGAGGAUCACUGGAUUAAACUUGAACCUGAAGGGAUCUGUUUGGAUGAAGAGGAUACUCUAAUUUACAGGGACAAAGUCAGCUUGAAGUACCAGUUUGGCUCUUGGGAGGAACAGAUGGAGAGAAUGGAAGCUAUGCAGUUCAUUCCUGGAGGUCCCCUUCUUGACGUUACUUUCAUUGCUGGAAUAUUAGAUGAAGCUUAUCUGCCACACUGGAUCUGCACAGAAGACAACCCUGACAUCUUGGGCAAGUUUGCAGUCCUGCACAUAGAUACCUGUGGAGACGUUGUGGAGCAAUUGUCUGAGGUUACACCAUCCCAUUUCAAGUUGUCUCAGCCAGUUUUUCUCUCCAAGAGGAGUCCUGAUAAGAGCUGGCUUUCAUAUAAAAAUCAACUGUAAAGUGUUAAUAUUCAAGACCAACCUAGCAUUCCUCACACUACAUGUUGAUCUGAUCCCUAGAGAUCCUGCUCUCCAACAG